AUGCCAGGACCAGUGUCAGAGCCCUCUGGCCGUGAUAAAAGCACAGAAAAGCCACCGGAGCGAUCCAUUAUACAUGCUGAGGUUCCAAAUGGCUCCAAAAAUUCAAAAGAACCGUCCAAGAAUGGAACACAUAAAUCAAAUAACGUCUUACAAACUUCUGAAAAACAAGCUUCCAACAACCCUGACCCCAAAAAGCCCACAGAAACGCCAGAAACAAACUUCGCCAAUGCCCCCACCACAUCCUUAUCCUAUGACCAAGUCAAUAAUGAUGCAGAUGAGCUUAUAGAAUUACGUGGUGAAGGGCGAUAUUUCGGCGUCACAGACCCUUCCUCAGGAGACACUAUCAACGCUCUCCAGAGCCUCGGUCCUCUUUGCGCAAACUGUCACAGAAGGGGUCACAUAAGAGCCAAAUGUAAAACGGUGGUGUGCCAUAAAUGUGGUGUAGUUGGAGACCACUACGAAACCCAAUGUCCCACCACUAUGGUGUGUUCCAGAUGUGGUCAAAAGGGACAUAUGGCUGCCGGAUGCACCAACAAAGCCAAAAAGAGACAAUACUGUAAAACAUGUGACACCUUCAGUCACGGAGAUGACCGUUGUCCAAGUAUAUGGCGGUCUUACUUGACAGGAACUACAGACGCACCAGUUUCAAACACGCUUCCUCAGGUGUACUGCUACAACUGUGGUCUGGACGUACACUACGGUGACGAAUGCCCAGAACCAAGAACACUGCGUGUACCAAAUAUCACCGGCACCGCAUUCAGCGGUUCGAAUCUCCCCCGUCAUUUACGUGCAAAAUACUUUGAUCGCAUACGCGGAGCCAGACCUCGUCCCUCGCGCGGAGUGGCUCAUUUUGCUCCUCAAAAACCACCAUCAAGAAAAGAUUUUUCAAAAAAUGCCCCAAACCCAUCAAGAUCUGGAGUCGUAUUGCCGAGAAAGGGCAAACAAAAUUCCAAAAAUCUCUCCAAAUUAAGACAACAACCAACAAGAUCCGGCUUUAUCGAGUCAAAGAAAAAAGUCACAAAACCAACCAGAAGUGGUCGUAUAGACAAAAGAAGGUAA